AAAUUAGCCACAGAACCAAGGUAAUCGUCAUUCACUUGUCACCGUUACAAUGGCGGGGGUGCUAAGUUUCCUUGCUGUAUGCCUUCUGAUUGUAGAAACAAUCAACAGUACGCCUGUACACUCUCUUACAAGUAAACAACCUACACCGUCCGAAGUCUUCCCUAAACAUGUUGUACUAGAUUCAGCUGGAAACUUUCAUCUGUUUUGGAAGUUUAAUUCCACUCAUAUUACAUUCGAGGCUCACGUGAAGACUCGUGGGUAUGUGGGUCUUGGACUGUCCCCUAACGGAAAGAUGUAUCCGGCGGAUGUCGUCAUCGGAUGGGUGAAACAUGGGCAUACCUACUUUGAAGACAGACACUCUACCGGACACUUCGAACCAAUAGUGGAUGCGUCCCAGGACUGGAUUCUUCUCCAUGGCGAAGAGAACGAUUUUGGAACCGUCAUCAAAACAGUGCGAAAAUUGGACACCUGUGAUGACGAUGACGUAAAGAUCACGAACGACACUUUUCGAGUUAUCUAUUCAUACAAUGGCCACGAACCACGCCACGAGGGAGAUAGUCUGCUGUAUCAUGGGGUUCACAGAGGCGCCAAGAGUGUCAUGUUGCUUGCAGAAGCCAGACAAGUUGCUUUACCUAAUGAUACCGUCACACAGGAUCUUCUCAACAGCAGGUAUCUCGUUCCCGACACCGACACCACUUAUAUGUGUAGAGUAUUUGACCUAUCUGACCUUGUUAAAAAACAUCACAUGAUAAAGGUGGAACCCAUAAUACAGAAAGGCAAUGAAGGAUUGGUGCAUCACAUUUUACUUCAUAAAUGUUACGGAAUUGAGAGAAAAUACAUAGGUGUCAAUUUUGACUGUUAUCAUACUCACAACCAAAACCUCAAGGCGUGCGCCAACAUAAUUAUAGGCUGGGCUAUUGGAGGAGAGGAUUUCUAUUACCCCGAAGAAGCUGGUCUACCUAUGGGAGAACCAGGUGAUAGCGCUCUUUACAUCUUAGAGACUCACUACAACAAUCCUGGACGCAGAAAUGAUUUUGUUGAUAACUCUGGAUUUCGACUAACAUUAACCCCGACGCUGAGGAGGUACGAUGCUGCAGUUUUGACAACUGGUCUGGCGGUCAACGACCGACAAAUCGUUCCUCCGUUUGAAAAAGAAUUCAUUUCUAGUGGAAUCUGUACUCAGGAAUGCUUGCGUAAGGGUCUCGACUCUUUCCCCGAUGGUGUAAACAUUGUUUCUGUAUUAGAGCAUGGCCAUUUAUUGGCAAGACAAAUUCGGACUAGAAUCAUUCGUAAUGGAACAGAACUGGAACCAUUGGUGGUAGAUGAUAAUUAUGAUUUCAAUUACCAAGAAUAUCGAAAUAUGCCAAAGACAAGGAAGCUGAUGUCUGGUGAUGAACUGGUUGUUGAAUGUACUUAUGACUCAUCGCAGAAAUCUACUGUGACCUAUGGAGGAUUUCCUACAUCUGCCGAAAUGUGUCUCUCAUUUAUCGUUUACUAUCCAAGAAUGGUUGUGGAUAACUGUGAGAGUAUCCCUAUGUAUGAUAAUCUUGGUAGGACGGCCAGAAGUGGACAUGAAGUUGCAUCAUUUUUCGAUUGGACAUCACCCUCAGUAAGAUCAACUUUUAAAGACUUGCUCUCAAGGUCAAAGCAUUGGGCGGGGUGCAAUGGAGCAAAACUACAACCAGAGUACAGCCAUCAAGAAGUAACAAUGCUGAUCCCAGACAUCCCAUUUAUCGAACCACAAUCUGCAUGUCCCACAACCAUUGUCCCAAAAAUGUCCUCACAUCCAACUACACCAAACUCUUGUGGUUCCCCUUCUCCAACGGAGCAAUUUGACUUUGAAGAUACUAUUGAUCCCGAUGGGAAAUACGUCCUAUUUUGGAAUGUGAACAAAACACAUAUUGUAUUCGAGAUGCACGUGGAGACAAAGGGAUAUAUCGGGUUUGGACUAUCACCAAACGGGAAAAUGUAUCCCUCUGACGUCAUAGUUGGAUGGGUAAAAGAUGGCGUUGCUCAUUUCAAGGACAGACAUACAGUUGGUCACUCCCCUCCAUUGGUGGACGCUUCUCAAGAUUGGCACCUUCUUUAUGCAAGCGAGGAUGACUGUCGAACUGUGUUGAAAAUGGUCAGAAAAUUAGACACGUGCGACGAUGAAGACUACAAAAUCACAGAUAACACUGUGAAGAUAAUUUACUCCUACCAUCCUUCUGACCCUACUGGAGAUGAUGCAAUUCCUUAUCAUGGAUCCAACCGUGGAGUUAAGAGUCUUUUGUUGCUCUCCAAAAUUUCCCCUCCAACUCUUGAAAGUGAUGCAAAAAGCGUCGAUUUCAUGAACAACAACUAUCACGUGCCUGCUGUCGAUACAACCUACAGCUGCAGAAUUUUUGAUCUUUCAACUCUCCAGAAAAAACAUCAUUUGAUAAAGUUCGAGGUUUUAGUGCAGAAAGGUCACGAAGUUUUGGUACACCACCUGGUGGUAUAUAAAUGUCCUGGUGUUAAUAGGAACCUUGUGAAUUCUCCAAACUACGUGUGCCACGAGGAUCCUGACAAAAGUAAACAUCCUUGCGGAAAAAUUGUGGCUAUCUGGGCCGUCGGUGGAGAGGCCUUUUACUUCCCGGACGAAGCGGGACUUCCAGUGGCUGAACCUGGGGACACAGACCUGUAUAUCAUGGAGACACAUUACAACAAUCCAGGCCUAAGAAAUGACUUUGUGGAUAGUUCUGGCAUUCGUCUGACUUUGACCCCGACCCUACGGUUACAUGACGCAGGAGUAAUUGAGGUGGCUAGUAUGGUGGAUCCGAGCCAAGUCAUUCCUCCCAACCAACGUAACUUUGUAUCUUCCGCUUACUGCAAUGAAUCAGCUUUACACCUGGGUCUGAAAGAUUUUCCAAAUGGUGUCCAUGUCUUUGGUGUUCAGCAGCAUGCCCAUCUCCUGGGUAAGGCUAUAAAGACGAGACUUAUCCAUAGAGGAGUGGAACAGGAGCCACUAGCAGACGACAGAUAUUACGACUUUAACUACCAGGAUUUCCGUCGAGCAAACAGAACUUUGAGAGACGGUGAUAGUAUCAUACUUGAGUGCACAUAUGACUCCACUAAAAGAACCAAUAUAACGUAUGGAGGGUUUUCUACAAGUGAAGAAAUGUGUGCUGCAUUCAUAUUCCAUUACCCUCGAUCAAAAUUAGUCAACUGUCUUAGCAAACCACUCUACGAUAGAUUCCACCAGAAAAGCAAUAAUCCUUGGGGUCUUAUGGCACCUUUAACAUCUACGUUUAAUACAUUGGACUGGACAAACACUACUGUUUCACAAGAGUUCAUGGACAGCCUGACCAAUGAUACGUAUUUCCUUGUUUAUGGAAAUGACAAAAAUCAGUAUAACUACACUACUUUCCAUACGCGGGGUAUGUACCCCAAAGUACCUUACACUGCUCCAGUCAACACCAACUGUGGUGUUCAACACGUGACAGCCAGCGUGGUGGACACCAUCAGUCCCACCAACAGAAGCGUCGCCAACAGUCUGACCAGACUGUUGACGACGCUUCUCUUGGUGGGAAUGAUGGUGUCCACCACGCUGGCUGUUGCCUGUAAGUUGACAGGAAUUUUGGUAGUCUUCCUUUCGGUCGUAGAAAUAAUUAUUUGUCUGCCUGCACACUCCUCUCGGACGACAAUUCCUACACCGUCCGAGACCUUCCCAAAACAUGUUGUACUAGAUUCAACUGGAAACUAUCAUCUGUUUUGGAAGUUUAAUUCCACUCAUAUUACAUUCGAGGCUCACGUGAAGACUCGUGGGUAUGUGGGUCUUGGACUGUCCCCUAACGGAAAGAUGUAUCCGGCGGAUGUCGUCAUCGGAUGGGUGAAGCAUGGACACGCAUAUUUGACGGACAGACACUCUACCGGACACUUUGAACCAAUAGUGGAUGCGUCCCAGGACUGGAUUCUUCUCCAUGGCGAGGAAAACGAUUUUGGAACCGUCAUCAAAACAGUACGAAAAUUGGACACAUGUGAUGACGAUGACGUAAAGAUCACGAAUGACACCAUUCGAGUUAUCUACUCCUACAAUGAUCAUGAACCUGCACACGAGGGAGAGCGAUUGCUGUACCAUGGGGUUCACAGAGGUGCCAAAAGUGUCAUGCUACUUGCCGAAAGCAGAAAAGUCGCCAUGCCUAAUAACACUAUCACACGGGAUCUCCUUAAUAAUAGGUACCUCGUUCCGGACACUGACACUACCUACAUGUGUAGAGUAUUUGACCUCUCUGACCUUGGAAAGAAACACCACAUGAUAAAAGUUGAACCAGUAAUACAACAAGGCCACGAGGAGUUGGUUCAUCACAUCCUGCUCCAUAAAUGUAAUGGAAUAGAGAGAAAAUACAUUGGUGUUGAUUUUAACUGCUACCACUCUCACAACCAACACCUUAAGGUCUGUGCCAAUGUCAUUGUCGCCUGGGCUGUUGGAGGAAAGGAAUUCUAUUACCCUGAAGAGGCAGGUCUACCGAUGGGAGAGGCAGGUGAUGACGCGCUCUACAUCAUGGAGACCCAUUACAACAAUCCGGGACUGCGAAACAAUUACGUUGAUAAUUCCGGAUUUCGGCUAACGCUGACUCCGACACUCAGGAGGUUUGAUGCUGGGGUACUAACCAGCGGAUUGAAGGUCAAUGAUCGACAGAUUGUUCCUCCGUUUGAAGAAGACUUUCAUUCGAGUGGAUUUUGUACACAAGAAUGUUUAAGCAAGGGUCUUGACUCUUUUCCCACUGGAGUAGAUAUUAUUGCUGUGCUAGAACAUGGUCAUCUCUUAGCAAGAAAAAUAAGGACAAGAAUAAUUCGUAAUGGGACAGAACUAGAACCGCUGGCGGUCGACAAUAAUUAUGAUUUUAAUUACCAAGAAUACCGAAACAUACUGAAGACUAGAAAGUUAAUGUCGGGCGAUUCUCUGGUUGUUGACUGUAUUUAUGACUCCAGACAGAAAUCUACCGUGACCUAUGGAGGAUUAGCAACAACUGACGAGAUGUGUCUCUCAUUUAUCGUUUACUAUCCUCGAAUGGCGGUGGAGAGCUGUCAGAGUGCCCCGUUGUAUGAUAAUAUUGGUAGGACAGCCAGAAACGGACAUGCAGUUGCAUCAUAUUUUAAUUGGACAUCGCCCUCAGAGAGAUCUAGUUUCAACACCUACCUCUCAUCAACAAAACAUAUGACGCACUGUAGUGGUGCAAAACUACAGCCAGAGCACAGUCAUCAAGAGCUGUCAAUGCCGAUCCCAAAUGUCCCUUAUGUUGGAUCACCAUCCACGUGUCCUACAUCCAUUGACUCAAAGACAUCUUCAUAUCCAACCACUGCAAAUCCAUGUGGCCCCCCUUCACCAACGGAACAAUUUGAUUUUCAUGAAGUAAUUGACUCCAACGGAAAAUAUUUAUUAUUUUGGAACGUGAACAAAACACAUAUUGUCUUCGAAACGCACGUGGAAACGAAAGGAUAUAUCGGUUUCGGGUUGUCACCAAACGGGAAAAUGUAUCCCUCUGACGUCAUAGUUGGAUGGGUAAAGGAUGGUGUUUCUCAUUUCCAGGACAGGCAUACAGUUGGUCACUCCCCGCCACUUGUGGACGCUUCUCAAGAUUGGCAUCUUCUUUAUGGAAGCGAGGAUGACUGUCGAACUGUGUUGAAAAUGGUCAGAAAAUUAGACACGUGCGACGAUGAAGACUACAAAAUCACAGAUGACACUGUGAAAAUUAUUUUUUCCUACCAUCCUGAUGACCCUCACGGCGAUGAUGGUGUUCCUUAUCACGGGUCUAACCGAGGAGUCAAGAGCCUUUUAUUGCUGUCUAAAUUGUCCCUUCCAACACUUGAAAGUGAUGCAAAACACAUCGAUAUCACAAACAACUAUCAUGUUCCUGCGGCGGAUACGACGUACAGCUGUCACAUUUUUGACCUUUCUAAUCUUCAGAAGAAACACCAUUUAAUCAAGUUUGAGGUGUUAGUACAGAAAGGUCAUGAAGGUUUGGUGCACCAUCUCGUGGUAUACAAAUGUCCUGGAAUUGACAGAAAAUUUGUGAACUCUCCUAACUACUUGUGUUAUGAAGAUCCAGACCUAUCUAAAAUGCCUUGUGGUAAAAUCGUGGUUAUCUGGGCCGUGGGUGGAGAGGCAUUUUAUUAUCCAGACGAAGCGGGACUUCCGGUGGCGGAACCUGGGGACACAGACCUGUACAUCAUGGAGAUUCAUUACAACAACCCUGGAUUGAGAAGUGAUUUCGUUGAUCAUUCGGGAAUUCGGUUGACCGUGACACCAACCUUAAGGUUAAAUGACGCCGGAAUAAUCACAGUUAUCGCUAAAGAAGACCCAACUCUGACUGUUCCUCCUCAUCAACCCAACUUUGUUACAUCUGCCUUUUGCAACGAGUCUAUUCUUCAUACGGGAUUAAAGGACUUUCCAAAUGGUGUUCAUGUCUUUGGAGUCCAGCAACAUGCCCAUCUUCUGGCCAAGGCUAUAAAGACUAGAGUAAUCCGUGGAGGAGUAGAACAGAAACCACUAGCAGACGACAGACAUUAUGAUUUCAACUAUCAGGAUUUCCGCCGUGCAAAUAGAACUCUCAGAGAUGGUGAUAGCAUCAUUGUGGAAUGUACCUAUGAUUCUACGGGAAAGAAAAAUGUAACAUAUGGAGGAUUGUCUACAAGUAACGAGAUGUGUGAGGUAUUCCUAUUCCACUACCCAAGGUCUAACUUAACCUACUGCCAGAGCAAAGCCAACUACGAUAGGUUUAACGUGGAUGCCGAUAUUCCCUGGGGCGCUACCAAUGCGUCCUUUACAGCCACGUUAAAUGCCCUAGAUUGGAGAAACACCACUGUGCUGCAACAAAUUAAGGAUAGCCUUAGAAACGAUUCCUAUAACUUUGGCUACGCCAAUAUCCAAAAUGAGUGGAAGAGCGGUACCUUCUAUCCUAAAACCAUGUACCCAACCACACCAUACAAAGCAGCAGUUGAUACGAAAUGUGGGGUUUAAAAUAUGAAGCCUGAUUUGAGUUGCAACGAUGUUCAUGAUAUAGAUGUAUAAUUUCUUUAUUUCUUAUUAAAUGUUUAUCGCAUUU